AUGUCUAUUUUCAAGGCGCGAGUUAAGGAAUUUGAGGAUGUUUUGGCGGCGCCGCAGGAUGUGAUUGACCUGAAGGAGCUGAGGAAACUCGCUUUCAAUGGUGUGCCCGAUGUGCAGAGUUUUCGAGCCCUCAGCUGGAAGCUCCUACUGGGCUAUUUGGGCCCGAGGCGCAGCAGUUGGACCACGACCUUGGCCCAGAAGCGAGCCCUGUACAAGCAGUUCAUCGAGGAGCUCGUCCUGCCACCGGGGCACUCGAGCAACGGAGGCUGCGCCGACGGGGGAGAUGGGGACAAAGUCGAUUCGGGGGGCGUUGGCCUGCAAGAUCAUCCGCUGAGCGAGGGACCCGAGAGCGCCUGGAACACGUUCUUCAACGACAACGAGUUCCUGCUGCAGAUCGACAAGGAUGUGCGGCGCCUGUGCCCGGACAUAUCCUUCUUCCAGCAGCCCACCGAUUAUCCCUGCGAGAUUGUCGUUCACAGCAAGGGGGAACACGGACGAAGGCUUCACGAACGGGUGGUUCCCGCCGUGCUCAGCUCGGCGAAUGUGGAACGCAAGGGCCUGGGCAUGACCAAGCAGCAAAUAAAUUUGAUCACUAAACGGUCCGUGGAGAACUAUGCCGCCAUGGAGGAGGGUCAAGAGGCCCACUGGGAGGUUGUGCAACGCAUUCUGUUCAUCUACGCCAAACUGAAUCCCGGCCAGGGAUAUGUUCAGGGUAUGAACGAGAUUGUGGGGCCCAUUUACUACGUAAUGGCCUCCGAUCCAGAUCUCUCGUAUCGAGCCCACGCCGAGGCUGAUUGCUUCUUCUGUUUCACCGCCCUGAUGAGCGAAAUACGAGACUUUUUUAUCAAAACCCUCGAUGAUGCGGAGGGCGGCAUCAAGUUCAUGAUGGCCAGGCUAUCGAAUAUGCUAAAAUCAAAGGACCUGAACAUUUACGAGCUGCUCAAGAGCCAGGAACUGCAUCCGCAAUACUAUAGCUUCAGGUGGCUCACACUACUUCUCUCGCAGGAGUUUCCACUGCCCGAUGUGCUGCGCAUUUGGGACUCUGUAUUUGCGGACGAACAGCGCUUCGAUUUCCUGAUUAAAAUAUGCUGUUCCAUGAUAUUAAUCCAAAGGGAAGCCAUUUUGGAAAACGACUUUGCCUCGAAUGUGAAACUGCUGCAAAACUAUCCGCCUAUUGAUAUUAAUGUUGUGAUUACGCAUGCCGGUUCGCUGGCGUAG